UGCCACGGCAUGAUUUUUUUUCUUGUAGAGGUUUGAGGGGAUUUUUCUAAAUAAUUUCAAGCAAAUUUGAAGGUUUUGACUGAUUUGAUAUUUAUUUUUUCCCUCCUGGAAAAAAGGCAGAAAGCAGCCGUUGGUCCACAGCGGUUUGGGCGACGCUAAAUCGCCGAACCGAGCUAACGUCCAUUCCUGGUGUCGCGUUUGCUUUUUUUUUUUUUUUUGCUUUUUAUUUAUUUUUUUUUACGGAUAAAAGUGGGGCUUUUGUGGAGGUUGGAAUCACAACGUGGACGUGGUUUAUCAUGACAACGAGGAAAACCAACAGUACGGCGGACGUGGUGACUAAUAACCAUCAGCACCAGCACCACCAGAGAAGCCGGAGUCCCGGUACCAACAGCGGGCUUCCGGCGCCCGAGACGGCGGGCGGAGGGGCGGAGAUGUUCGGCGAGUUUCAGGACUGGUGCCUGCGGACGUACGGAGACUCCGGCAAGACCAAGACCGUGACCCGGCGUAAAUACAACAAAAUCCUCCAGACCCUGCUGCAGGGGGACGAGGAGAACAGCAGCGGGGUUUUCCUGCACGAAAGCAACAAUAACAACAACCACAUCAACGCCAAAUUUAAAUUCUGGGUCAAGUCCAAGGGCUUCCAGGUCGGGACGCUGCAGGAGGGGAAGAGCGGACCGGCGGACAGACCGGUGCUGUACGUCCCCAUCAAGGCGACGUGUGUGGACGGCGUCUCCGGCGGCGACUCGUCCCUGAAGCGUGUGGCGGUGGUGGAGGAUUUCUUUGACAUCAUCUAUGCCAUGCACGUUGAGAUCAGCACCGACCCCGGCAAGGCACCCAAACACGCCGGCCAGAAGAAGACCUACAAAGCUAUUGCGGAGACGUACGCCUUCCUGCCCAGAGAGGCGGUGACACGUUUCCUGAUGAGCUGUGGAGAGUGUCAGAAGAGGAUGCACAUCAGCACCGCCGGACAGGACUACAAAGAGAACGACAGACCGAGUCCUCUGGUUUCGGAGGUGAUCGACUACAACAUGCCCCUCACCACCACCUACCUGAAACAGAUGAAGCUGCAGUGCAUGAGCAACAACGAGGAUGACAGUUCACUGAGCAGCGAGGAGGAGGCAGAGAUGAGCGAGCCCACAUGGCUAGCAGCUGAUCUGGGAGCAGCGUCGGACCUGAGCCCGCCGAGCCGCGGAGGAGAGAGGAUGCGCCACAACUCGCAGAACACACACAGCAAGGAGGACGACGAUGACUCGUCGUCAGAGAGCGGCAGCGGGAACGGUCUGCCCGCCCUGACUCCUCCCUCCUCCGCCGUGACAGACAGCUCCAUCGUCAGGGAGACAGAGGUCGUCAACGGCAACGGCGGCUCCGCCCCGUUGGACUUCAGCACGCCCACUUCCUCUUCCUCCUCGUCCGAGGACCAGCAGCCAAUCAACCUGAGCGACGCGCCGCCCCAGCGCCUGCCCCUGUCCUCCUCCCACCUGCCCGUCACCGUGUCGGCCGCCGCCGCCGCCCUGCUGGGCGCGCUGCACCCCGACGCCCCCGAGGAGCUCCGCAGGAAGUACCCGCUGGCCGCCAAGCCGCCCCUGGCUCCGCACCCCGCCCUGCCCCUCUCCCUGCCACACACACACACCCCGCACACACACAACACACACACUCAAAACACACACUCCCACACACACUCCGCUGAGCUGCGACUGGACCGCGACGGCAGGGACUACGGGGGCAAGUCCCCCCAGUAUAGUUCAGGAGGCAGCUACGACAGCGUGAAGAUGGAGUUGUGUGCUGAGGACCUGACCACGGGGCGCCAUGGCAACCAGGUCGCCCCCGACGACGACGAUGACGACCACGACGACCACGACGACAGCGACAAGAUCAACGACACGGAGGGCGUCGACCCCGAGCGACUGAAGGCCUUCAACAUGUUUGUGCGUCUGUUUGUGGAUGAGAACCUGGACCGCAUGGUGCCCAUCUCCAAGCAGCCCAAGGAGAAGAUCCAGGCCAUCAUCGAGUCCUGCAGCAGACAGUUCCCCGAGUUCCAGGAACGCGCACGCAAGCGCAUCCGCACCUACCUCAAAUCCUGCCGACGCAUGAAGAAGAACGGCAUGGAGACUCGUCCCACUCCGCCUCACCUCACCUCAGCCAUGGCCGAGAACAUCCUGGCUGCCGCCUGCGAGAGCGAAUCGCGCAAGGCCGCAAAGAGGAUGCGCCUCGAAGCCUUUCAUGAUGAGCAGAUCUCCCUGGACAAGCCGUCCAGCGGUGCGGGGGGGCUGAGGGAGCCGGCGUCCCUGGCCCACUCCGCCUACUCCCUGGCCGCCUCAGCCUUCUCCUCCCAGGACGCCCAGCUCUACAUCAACGGCGCCGGCCUCAGCUACGGUUACCGUGGAUACACCGGCCUGGGCGCUGCCAUGCAACACCCCGUUUCCCUGACGACCAGCGCUGUCGCUGCCGCCGCUCAGAGCAACGGUGAGGAUGGGAGAAAGAAGGUUCUCAUGGGUCCCACAGACCUCAGCAUGAAAUCCCUCGCCACCGCCAACAACAACUCCUCCUCCUCUGCCACCGCCACCAAUAACAGCCUGGGUGGGCGGGGCAACGGCGGCGGGGGAGGGGGCGGGGCCUCGACCCAGCUCAGCCAGCCGGAGAUCACGGCCGUGCGUCAGCUGAUCGCCGGCUACCGGGAGUCGGCCGCCUUCCUGCUUCGCUCGGCGGACGAGCUGGAGAACCUCAUCCUGCAGCAAAACUGAUCUGGGGGAAACGUGUGUGUUGGCAGAGGGGACGCACACACACACUCACACACACACACACACACACACACACACAAACACAAACAUAUACAUAAACAUAAACACUUCCCCCGUGUUAGUUUUGUGUCUGUCUGCAUCCCCCGUCUCUCCUUAAUGACGCCGAGUACGAGGCCUCCUCUUGUAUUCGCUCUUCUUUUCUUGUCGAAAUUCGGAUUUUUCAAUUUGCCGCUUGCCUCGUUCCCUCUCUCUCUCUCUCUCUCUCUCUCUCUCCCUCGAAACUGUGGUCAAUUUGUCCGUCCUAAUCCUUUCCUCAAGUGGGAAACUGGGAGAGAGCGAGGAGGGCGACCUACUUAAACGCCCCUCCCUCCUUCCAAAACAAUCCCCCCCCCCUUACAAUCCUCCACAGCCUCAGCCCCCGCCAUUCUCACCAGAGGAGGACAGAGAGGAAAAAAAAAGAAAUUGAAAGACAAUUGGAAAAAGAAGAAGAAGAGCACCCGGACUCUGAAGAGGCAUUUAUUCUCUUCCUCUGCUCUCUCCUCACAAUCAGCGCUGCACUCCGAGGACGAGAGGAGGAAAACAAGAACUCUGUGGAGAGAAAACAGGAGAGGAGAGGAGAGGAGGAGGGAGGAGUGGAGAGGCCUGGAGGAGCAGACGAGGAGCCUGCAGGGUUGUUGAAGCUGCUGCUGUGGUUUCACAAAAAAAAAAAGAAGAAACUUCGCCCCCUUGUGGGUCAAAGAGUGAAAUGAACUUUUUUUUUUUUUUGAGUUUCCCCCUAGGAACUCCGGCUCUGGGAGUUUGAUUGACGGGUGUCCCGGCCAAUGCCGUCCUAUUAUUAUAACAAUAAAAGAAAAAGAGUAAAUAGUGACUCCCUUAAUUAGUACUACUGAAGUUGUUUGAGUGCUUUUGAUCGAUGAUUUAAUUUGUUAAAUUUUUUGGGAGUCCAGUGAGUGAUUUUUUUUUUUGUUUGUUUGUUUUGUUUUGUUUUUGUUCUACUCUUCCCAAGUGACUGAAAGAAAAGCGGCUUGACUUAUCUUAAAAGAUAGCACUAACUAUGGAAAAGACACUCGUGUCCCACUUUGAGCUGGGAGGGGCGUAACCACGGAAACUGGAAACGGAAAGAGAAAAAACAAAGUUCUUUUGGUUCAAAAAAAAAAAAGAGGAGAGAUAACUUUUUUGUGCUCGCUUGUAUAUAAGCUCUCUGUGUGCUAUAGCACUUUUCCCUCACCUGAACAACUCACCUGAAAGCCCCGCCCCCCCCCACCUGCCCCUCCCCCUUUACCCAGGGAGCAUCUUGCUACUUAUGCAUCCAAGACGCCAUGUUGACCACCAGGAAAUACCUCAGAUCAGAUCUGCCAACUCCAUUUUCAGUUCCUCAAACACACACACACACACACACACACACACACACACACACACUCCAAGUGAAUGGUGACAUUCCCACCAGAAGCCAGUUUACUUCUAGUACCACCUGAUGUCUUCAAAGGUUUUUAUCAAGAAAACAAACCUGGAACAUAACAAAAAAAA